AUGCUGGUUCCUCCUCCCAAUUUCGGCCUUGUUGAGGAGAACCUAUAUCGUUCUGGCGCCCCGGACCUACUGAAUCUUCCCUUUCUCGAAACGCUGGGCUUGACGUCUGUCAUUUGGCUAGCUCCCGAAGAGCCUGACGAUGCUUUUUCAGACUUUUGCACCUCGCACGACAUUACACUCCACCACCUGGGUGUGCUCUAUAGCACAAACGCAUGGGAUCCAAUCACCGAAGACAUCGUGCUCCAGGCGCUUCACCUCCUCGUCCAACCUUCGACCUAUCCGGUGCUAGUCAUGUGCAAUCUGGGCCGGCAUCGGACGGGCACAGUGAUCGGGUGCCUGAGGAAGCUGCAGAGAUGGUGUUUGAGUGCCAUUCUGGAAGAGUACAGGAGGUAUGCAGGCCAGAAAGUCCGGGUCAUGAACGAGCAGUUUAUCGAACUUUUCGAUGAGGAGCUCGUCUUCGGCUGAGCAAAGCCGAAGAUCUCUGUGACAUCUCAUGUCCGCCGACGUAUACCUGAUGCACCUUCGUCAUUUCUCCCCGCCACUAUUUGUGUGUCCUCACGGGCAAAGCUCGUGCAACAGCGGUCGAAUGCCCAUUCAUCGUCCAUCUCUUUAUCAAAUGAAGGUUAAUCUAAUCAGAUGAAGAAGUCAAACACAAAGAGAUCCUUCAGAGGGAGUUGGAAGGGCCCAUCAUCGGGUGCCAGCUCGAAG